AUGGAGGUCGGCAAAGGAACGGAGUUCAAAUUCGAAACCAUCAUGAAAAGCUACGCGACUGUUGGAGUUUCACUAACAACUCGUUGCUUAGAUGUGGUGGAGGCUGGUGGAGACGGUACCGAGUUUUGCCGCGCUGAGGACAUUCCCUGGUUUUACUCCUUGAGCCCAGCUGACCAGGAGAAAGUGCGAAACGGUGAGUUAUCUGAUGACGAGGAUGAUGACGAUGAUGAGGUCAACAGCAAUCGUCCAUAUCGUCCGAAAGCGGCAUCGGGCGCUAACACUGGGAGAAAUUCAGCGAUGCGGAGAAGGGCACAAUAG